AGCUUUGACAGUUUCGUGUUGUGUAGAUGUGCCAAAAAGAAAUUGGUGCAGACGGUAAAAGAAGUGGAUAAUAACAAAUAACUAUUUCCAUUGAUGAAAUUUUAAGUAUUUAGUUCACAUAAUUUCUUUUAUUUUAAUAAUAAGUUAGAGUGUAUUCGGCGCAACUUUUAAAAUGGGAAAGACCUCUAAGGAUAAACGUGACAUAUACUAUCGAUUGGCCAAAGAAGAAGGCUGGCGAGCUCGGAGUGCAUUUAAACUGCUGCAGAUCGAUGAAAAGUUCCACAUUUUAAAAGAUGUCACACGUGCCGUAGACUUAUGUGCUGCGCCUGGUAGCUGGACUCAAGUGCUUUCCAAACGCCUUUAUGAGAAUCGCUCCAACAAUGAGGAGGUAAAAAUAAUUGCGGUAGAUUUGCAAGCGAUGGCACCAUUGCCUGGAGUUACGCAACUUCAAGGCGAUAUAACGAAACUAAGUACCGCUCAGGCUAUAAUUGAGCAUUUUGGUGGAGAAUCGCAAAAGGCCCAGUUGGUUAUUUGCGAUGGUGCACCUGAUGUUACUGGCCUUCACGACAUCGAUGAAUACAUUCAAAGUCAGUUGCUACUAGCUGCACUAAGUAUAACCACUCAUGUGCUGAUGGCAGGAGGAAAUUUUGUUGCCAAGAUAUUCCGUGGAAAAGAUACUAGUUUGCUAUAUUCUCAGCUGCGUAUAUUCUUUGAGAAAGUCUCAAUUGCCAAGCCAGCAAGCUCCCGCAAUUCUAGUAUUGAAGCGUUUGUCGUGUGCCAAAAUUAUCGAUGCCCAGAGGGCUAUGUUCCGCAAAUGAUCAAUCCUAUGGUAGAUGACGUGCAAAUGAUAGCUAAAGCAACGGACUCGAAGGUAAAUCAUAAGCUCAUACCGUUUAUCGUUUGUGGGGAUCUGAGAGGCUUCGAUGCGGAUAUGUCAUACAGUUUAAAUCUCAAUGAGGAUUCGGAGUAUACGUAUAGAGAAGUGAUUCAAAAGCCUAUUUCACCAGCUUAUAAGGAAAUUUUGGAUAAACUUAAAAAUUGUUCUAUUAAACAUUCCGCCAUCACUGUGAAGCAUGACACUGAAUCAGAAGUGGCUGAUUCUGAACCUUCAAUUUCGAAGGAGGAUCCAGAGCAGAAUUGAUAUUGAAUUUCCUAUGAAAUAGCAUUUAGUGCUCUAAAUUUUAUGGGUUAUCGUAUAAUUAUCUUCCAAUAAAUAUCGUGUUCUUAAGCAUA